CCUUAUUUGCUAGCUUGUUAACUGUCUCCUGGUUCUAUCCAGAGUGAAAAUACAGGUAAACGCUCUGCCUGCUUCAUCAGCACAUUUCAUUCACUGAUUGUGAUCAGGACAAAUGGAGACAACAGCAGUGUGUGACAUUGAUGUGGCGACCAGGAGAAUAGCGGGAGGCAGUGAUUCUCCUAUCGACCUGGACAGCUCUUGUCAGGAAGUGGUUGCAGCGUUUGAUUUGGGCUUGUGCUGCGCUGAGGAGGAGAGAGGGGAAACUCCAGGCAGAGAGGAUAGUCCCAGUGAUCUUGGGGAGGCAGAGCUUGAUCCUGGAGGAGACCCCAAGAGUGGAGAAGACAAGGCCUUUGGGAAGGAGGUCGCUCUGUUGAUGCAGGCUCUGAAUUCUCUGGCCACUCCUGAAGAGAAACUGGCUGCUUUGUGCAAGAAAUAUGCCGACCUGCUUGAGGAGAGCCGCUGCAUGCAGAAGCGACUGAAAGCCGUGCAGAAGAAGCAGUCUCAGAUUGUGAAGGAGAAGAUCCACCUGCAAGGGGAGCAUAGCAAGGCCAUCCUGGCCCGCAGCAAGCUGGAGAGCUUGUGCAGGGAGCUGCAAAGACACAACAAAACUCUGAAGGAUGAGAAUGCUCAGCGGUCCAGGGAGUACGAGGAGCAGCGGAAGGAGGCCAUGCUACACUUCCAGAUGACCUUGAGUGACAUUGAGGUGCAGAUGGAGCAGCACAGCUCCCACAACACCAAGCUGAGGCAGGAGAACAUGGAGCUGGCAGAGAAGCUGAAAAAGCUCAUCGAGCAGUAUGAGCUCAGAGAGGAGCAUAUAGACAAGGUGUUCAAGCACAAGGAGCUGCAGCAGCAGCUGAUGGACGCCAAGCUUCAGACAAUCACAGAGAUGAUGAAAGAAGUGGAAGAGAAGCAGCAGAGAGAGAGGGACUUUCUGCUGAAAGAUGCCACUGAGUCCAGACGCAAGUGUGAGCUAAUGAAGGAGCAGGAAACACAACUCAAACAACAGCUCUCCUUGUACAUGGACAAGUUCGAGGAGUUUCAGAGUACUCUGGCUAAAAGCAAUGAGGUCUUCACCACUUUUAGACAAGAGAUGGAAAAGAUGACAAAGAAGAUCAAGAAGUUGGAGAAAGAGACAACACAGUGGAAGAACAAAUGGGAGAGUAACAACCAGGCCCUGCUGCAGAUGGCUGAGGAGAAAACUCUGCGCGAUGGCCACUUCAAGGCCCUGCAGGGGAAGCUGGAGCUGCUGGAGAGGCUGUGCAGAGCGCUGCAGAAGGAGAGGAACGACCUGAACAAUCGGCUCAGCCUCCUGCAGGAGCAGGGAGACGAAGGGACCACAGCAGCUCCUGAAGACCAGCGACAGGAGCCUUUAGCAGAGGAGCAGCAGCAGCAGCAGGAGGAGGAGGAGGAGGAAGGGGAUGGGCAGGAAAAGGAUGGGGAAGUGGGCUCAACACAGGAGACAGAGGGCAUUCACCAAGCCCCCAGACGACCUGGACUUGACUCCUCUCCGGCUGCUACUGACAAAACCACUACUGCUACAAUAAGCAGCCCUCCUACAGACACACAGGACUGAGCCAACCUACAUGUGUGUGAGUAUAGAGGAAAAGGUUUUGAUACUAGGGUUCCACAUGCCUCCAGCCUAGUUCAAGAACUAGCCAGACAAACCAUCUUCAAUGGAGAUAUAGAUUUCCUCUGUUUUUUAAGUCUACACUUGCCUCUGCAGGUUUCUACACAGAAACUGAGCCUAUAUCUUUUUGUGUAAUCGUUUAAGAAGGAUAAAGUGACUUAAUCAAAGAUUCUAUUCUAAGAGCUAGCCCACGUUUAGGUUGGUUGUAAUAAUUGGCUUUGUGGCGAGCACUUUGUACUCCAUUUUCUACCAUAAGUGUAUUUUCAUAAGAAAUUUCAAUGCAGUCUAAUUGAAGCAGUCCAUCUUUAAUUUCUUUGGUCAAAUGGUCCAUCCCUGUGGUGUCGCGUCGCAUCUCAUCAGAAGUUCUCCAGUGAUUCUGUCACAAGUGGGUCCGUCACAUGCUUUUGUUUAUAGGUUAGUGUGUUAAUGAAGCCCACAGUGAGAAUGUGAUCUGAGGAGGAAGCAGGGAUGGCUCGUUUGACAUCUUCAUUGUUGACCAUCUUUUUUUUGUUUGUGUUUAGAUAAGUUGGUCUUUUGGAACCAGAAGUAUCUUAACAAAAUUAAUCUGUGAAUCCAUAUAAAAAGGCUACCUUGACCCACCUGUUUGCUAAUAACUAGUUAGCAUGCUACCCAUCACUUUUGCUACAGAUUUUCCAAUAUUUUCUGUUUAGUAAUGAGUCUGAAAGCUAAAUUCUAAAGUGCACAAGCUGAACAAGCGUCACUAUGACCGACCCACCCUGUCAUUAUACCAGGCUAAUGUUGCUUUGCUAACUUCAUGGUGAUGACUAGAGAGCUCUGCACAUAUCUCUCAGAAGACAGUUAUUUCAUUGCACUCAGUUGUUGGUGUGUAACAAAUGAAAACAGAAGUGGAAA